AUGAGUUCGACUACUGCUUCCUCUCCUUCCGCCAUCAAACCACCCGUCAAACCAUCCCAAAAACGCCGCAUCGCCGUUCUCACUUCCGGUGGUGAUGCCCCUGGUAUGAAUGGCGCUGUCCGCGCCGUCGUGCGGAUGGCUAUUCAUAGCGGCUGCGAAGCUUUUGCCGUCCACGAAGGCUACGAAGGCUUGGUUGCGGGCGGAGACUUCAUUAAACAAAUGCACUGGGAAGAUGUCCGAGGGUGGUUGUCGCUCGGAGGAACCCGCAUCGGGUCAGCACGUAGCAUGAAAUUCCGUGAACGCGCCGGUCGUCUUGAAGCUGCCAAGAAUAUGGUUUUGAAAGGAAUUGAUGCUUUGGUCGUCUGCGGAGGAGACGGUAGUUUGACUGGUGCCGAUCUAUUCCGGUCGGAGUGGCCAGGUCUGUUGAAAGAGUUGGUGCAGGUGGGCCAAUUGACAGAAGAACAGGUCUUUCCUUACACUACAUUGAAUAUCGUUGGAUUGGUGGGCUCGAUCGAUAAUGAUUUGUCCGGUACAGACGCUACAAUCGGUUGCUACUCUUCUCUUACCCGAAUUUGUGACGCUGUAGAUGAUGUCUUCGAUACUGCCUCAUCCCAUCAACGAGGUUUCGUUAUUGAGGUGAUGGGACGACAUUGCGGCUGGCUCGCGCUGAUGGCUGCCAUUAGCACGGGCGCAGAUUGGGUUUUUAUUCCUGAGAUGCCGCCCCGUGAUGGCUGGGAGGACGACAUGUGCGCCUCAAUUACCAAGACUCGUGAACGAGGCAAACGCCGAACAAUUGUUAUCGUCGCCGAAGGUGCCCAGGAUCGUCAGCUGAAUAAGAUUUCCUCCAAUGCCGUCAAAGACCUUCUAAGCAACCGCUUAGGACUCGACACUCGAGUGACGGUUCUCGGACACACACAACGCGGAGGUCCCGCCUGCGCUUACGACAGAUGGUUGUCUACGCUACAGGGCGUGGAGGCUGUCAAAGCCGUGCUCGACGUCAAACCGGACUCCCCAUCUCCAGUGAUCGUCAUUCGAGAAAAUAAAAUCGAAAGAAUGCCACUCAUGGAAGCAGUUCAACAAACCAAGGACGUGACCGCUCGUAUCCACGCCAAAGACUUUGAUCAAGCUAUGGCUAUGCGCGACUCCGAGUUCAAGGAAUACUACAAGUCAUACCUUAACACCACCUCCGUAGACCACCCCAAGCUACGACUUCCAGAAGACAAGCAAAUGCGCAUCGCCAUUAUCCAUGUUGGAGCCCCGGCUGGUGGUAUGAAUCCAGCAACACGCGCGGCUGUUGGUUACUGCUUGACUCGCGGUCACAAAGCAAUUGCUGUCCACAACGGAUUCCCUGGUCUUUGCCGUCACUAUGAUGACAAACCAAUCAGUUCAGUCCGGGAGAUCACCUGGCUAGAGUCGGAUGAUUGGGUGAACGAGGGAGGUUCUGAGAUUGGCACAAAUAGAGGUCUACCAGGUGAGGACCUUGAAGCCACCGCUCGAGCAUUUGAAAAGCACAAAUUCGAUGCACUAUUUAUUAUUGGUGGAUUCGAGGCAUUCACUGCAGCCAGUCAGUUACGAAAGGGUAGAGAGUUUUACUCUGCAUUCAAAAUCCCCAUUGUCGUUUUGCCAGCAACCAUUUCCAACAAUGUUCCCGGAACAGAAUACUCUCUCGGUAGCGACACUUGUCUCAACACAUUGAUCAUGUUCUGCGACGCCAUCCGACAAUCAGCUUCCUCAUCCCGUCGCCGAGUGUUUGUCGUUGAGACCCAAGGCGGUAAAUCCGGCUACAUCGCCACCACAGCCGGUUUGGCUAUUGGCGCAGCAGCAGUCUACAUUCCCGAAGAAGGAAUCAACAUCAAAAUGUUGUCUCAAGAUAUUGAAUUCCUUCGGGCUAGCUUCACGGCUGACCGCGGUGCUAAUCGUGCCGGUAAGAUCAUCCUGCGCAACGAAACCGCCUCGCAAACAUACACCACCCAAGUCAUCGCAGACAUGAUCAAGGAGGAAGCCAGGGGCCGCUUCGAGUCCCGCGCUGCUGUACCAGGUCACUUCCAACAAGGCGGCAAACCAUCCCCAAUGGACCGUAUCCGUGCCCUCCGCAUGGCAAUUAAAUGCAUGCAACACCUCGAAUCCUACGCCGGUAAAUCACGCGAAGAAAUCGCCAAUGACGACUACUCUACCUCCGUCAUCGGCGUCAAGGGCUCUAAGGUCUUAUUCUCGCCCAUGGGUGGGCCCGGCGGUCUCGAGUUCACAGAAACAGACUGGAGCAAACGUCGCCCCAAACAUGAGUUUUGGCUCGAGCUGCUGGACCUGGUGGAUGUGUUGAGCGGUCGGAAACAAGCCAGGCAGGCGGGUAUGUCGGCGGCGACUAAUCCAAAGGAGACAUGGGAGUGUUACGAGAGUACGUAA